ACGUGGCGGCUGCAACAAAAUGUGUAAAUAAUUUUACAAAAAUUACAUUGCGCUUUCGUGUACCUAUUUUCUAUAUCUAAGCUAUGUAAAAUAUAAGUGCAUCUGGUUGUAAAAUUUGUCGCCGCCGCCAUAGCCUCCACCAAGUGCGAAUUAUGGUGUUCGUUAUCGACAAUUUUUUUUAAUGACUACUAAGACUUCGUAUGUAUACAUAAUACAUAUUAUAUAGUUAUUGGUAUUAUGAAAAUAUUCUUCCCCUGAACAGCCCCGCGUGGUUGUAGAAAGAAAUGAAGCGCAAACGACACGAAAUUGACAAGAGUGGUGGUGGUAGGCUGGCGAGCCGGUGAACUUCGGUCGGAGAUGGAACGGCGGAAGCGCUUCCACGUCGUGGUCUCCUUGGAAACGUUAACCGAAGCCAUUUUUGGGCCAAUAACUAUACAUCGGUUUUUUAAUACUCUAAAGUUAACAAUUGGUGGUGACGGCAACAAGCCAUAGGCCAGACGCUAAACACAGUACUGUUUGAAGCGCCCUAACCUAACGCUCCACCAUCAUCUCUGAAAUAGAUGGCGUUACGGUCACUUUGUUAUCAUUAUAUCAAUCGGUCUACCAUUAAUGACGUUUACCGCCAAAAUUACACUAAGCAGAUACAAGAAUAUGUACAACAUACUAUUAUCUAUCAAUGUACAAUCGAAAAACGAUGGAAAUAUUAUUAUAAAUUAUAAUAAUUAUAAUAAAGUCAAUAAGUUAUACACGUUUUAAUGCAAUUUUUUACCAACAUCGGACACAGCAGCUUACGUUGAACUUAUAUUUCUUCACCAAAAGUAAUUAGUCUACCGUUGGAUGUCAUGAAUUCCGACGAUGAAGAUCUUAAAGCUUUGGAGUUGUUCCUAGAUGCCGAGAUCGAUAAUAAUCCCGUAACGACGCAAAAAAUCAUAAACCAUAAAGAGGAUGUAAUUAAAGACAAAGUUGAAAAAAGUAGUCAACUGCUAGAGAAAUCUGGAAAUGCAGCUGGAACAUUUAGUGACUUUUUCAAAUCAAUGAAGUCGAAAAUUGUAGAUUUAGAUGAAGUGUCAGUUACAAGUGAUCCAAAGAAGAAAUCCAUGUCUAAAAUACCAAAAUUUGGUUUUGAUCCCACCGCAGAUCCUGUGUUUGGCUUAUGUAUGAUCAAUCCAUUGUUAUCAUCUCAAACAAUUCAAGAUAGAAUGAUUGGAAAAAUACCGGUACCUGUCAGCCAAGUGAAAAAACAUCUGAAGUCUGCAAACAAUUCUGAUUGGGUUGUAGCUGGAGUUUUGGUAAACAAAUCUCUUCCCAAGACCUCACAGAAAGGUUCUACAUUUAGUAUAUGGAAGAUAAGUGACUUAAAAGCGGGUAUGAGUACUGUUACAAUAUUUUUAUUUGGCCGCUCACAUGCUGACUUAUGGAAAACAGACAUAGGAUUUGUUGUUGGAAUACUGAAUCCAAAAGAAAUGGAUGGUAAAGAUAAGAAGGAUGAAGUAGUAUUAUCCAUAAAUAGUGGUGACCAAGUGAUGCUAUGGGGCAGAUCCAAAGAUUAUGGGACUUGUAAAGGAAUUAAGAAAAAUGGAGAUAAGUGUGAUAUGUUUGUAAACAUUAAUAAGUGUGAUGUUUGUACAUUUCAUGUAAAACGAGAAUAUAUUAAGCAUUGUAGUCAAAGAGCAAAUAUUGGAAAUUCUAGACCAACAGCUGCCCACAGCUUACGAGAUAAAGUAUUGGGCAAAAAUGAAGUGUUUUAUGGUGGUCAAAGUUUUGUGUCUACUAAAUCCAAUCAUUCAAAAUUGAUGAAAGAAGACCAAGUUAAGCUUCAACGAUUGAAUCCGGCUAAAAAACCAGCAUUAAGCCCAAUUGAAUCUCAUACCAUAUCUCGUACAACUAUUGCUAAUCGUCGAACUACUGCUAUUAAAGACUUUGUUAAUGAUAUAAAAACCAAUGAAAUAAGUGGAUCAGGAAAAAAGAACAUUGAACAUAAAGAAGCCCAAAAAAUGUGUACAUUCAAAGAAAUAUUAGGUAGCUCAGCAAAUCUUAAAAACUUUGGAUCUCUGCAUCCAAAGUGUGCCAAAGUAAAUGCAUUGAAAUGGAUUAAAUCACAUGGACCAAUCCAAAAAGAAAAUCCCAAUUUAUUUGAAAAAAGUAAGAAUGGUGGUAAUAAAAGAAAAUUGCCUGAAGAUAUUAUUUUAGAUAUGGAACAAAAAAAAAAAGUUGCUAUUGAAGAAAAAGUUUCACCAAGAUUUUUAGAACUAAUGAAAGCUACGUCUCAGAACCAAGACCUUAUUGAUACAGCUCAGCAAGAAGCUGAGGACAAAUAUUUUGAUCAAAUGGAUAAAAAAGAAAAAAUGGAAUAUAAAAUGAUGAACACAUAUAAGGUGCCAUGCAAAGCUGUACGUUGUCUAGUAUGCAAAUAUACUUGGUUUUCAGCAUCUGAAUGGUGUAAAAAUGAAAAACAUAUGUUGCGUGUACUUGACGCUACUAAAAGGUUUUUCAAAUGUAAUGACUGCAAUUCAAGAAUUGCUUGUUUGACAAUGUUCCCUUUGAUUUCGUGUAAAAAUUGUAAUGGUUCCAAAUGGGAACGAGCUCCAAUGAUGGGUCAUAAAAAAGUUGAUGAAAUCCAUUUAAGUAUUCGUGGAGACGAACAAACAUUCUUGAGCUCUAUGCAACCUAAACUCAGUAUAGGCUUAAUGGUGGCAGAAGAAGAUUGAUUGACAGUAAAAUUAGUUUAUUAUUCCUUAUAUUGCUUAAUUGAAAAGUUAAUUUGUGGUUUUGAGUAAAAAGUAUUUAAAAUAACUAUUAUAGAUUAUAU